UGUCGUUGCCAUGGAGAUGAGAGGGUUCGUGUUGGGCUGCUUGACCGUGGUCCUGCUCCUCCACCUCUCCACCGCCGGCCUGGUCAAGAAGGUCAUCCGCCACCGCAGAGAGGCCCUGAUGCCCAAGAAGACCCAGGAGAACCUCACCCUACCUCACCCCGACCAGCCGGUGGUGUUCAACCACGUCUACAACAUCAACGUCCCGUCCACCUCGCUCUGCUCCGUCGACCUCGACUCGCCCGGCAGCGCCGACCUCAAGCACAAGAGCGCCGCCCCGGCGGACAUGCCGAGCACCGAGCACAUGGACCACACGCUGGACGGCGAGAAUCAGAUCGUCUUCACGCACCGCAUCAACAUCCCCAAGCAGGCGUGCGGCUGCGAGCACCAGCUGCCCGACAUCAAGGACAUCCUGAGCCGGCUGGAGAUGCUGGAGUCGGAGCUGUCCAGUCUGAGGGAGCAGUGCGGCAGUGGAGCGGGCUGCUGCGGAGCCCCGGUUACAGGUGAAUUGUCCACCAAACCCUACUGCAACGGACGAGGGAACUGGAGCACGGAGACCUGCAGCUGUGUGUGUGAAGCCGGGUGGAAGGGUCCGAACUGCACCGAGCCCGAGUGUCCCAACGACUGCCAGGACCAGGGCCGCUGCGUGGACGGACGGUGCGAAUGCUUCGAGGGCUUCGGCGGGGACGACUGCAGCAUCGAGGUCUGCCUGCCCGACUGCGGCGACUACGGCAGCUGCAUCGAGGGGUCCUGCCUCUGCGAGGACGGCUUCAUCGGCGAGGACUGCUCCCAGACCAACUGCCUCAACAACUGCCUGGGCCGCGGACGCUGCGUGGAGGACGAGUGCGUGUGCGACCACCCGUGGACGGGCUUCGACUGCUCCGAGCUCAUCUGCCCCAACGACUGCUACGACCGCGGCCGCUGCAUCAACGGCACCUGCUACUGCGACGACGGCUUCGCCGGCGAGGACUGCGGCGAGGUCACCUGUCCUGGAAACUGCAACAACCGCGGCAUGUGUGUGAACGGCCAGUGUGUGUGUCAGACAGGCUACAGCGGAGAGGACUGCUCCAAGCUCACCUGCCCGAAGAACUGCAACGAGAGAGGCCACUGCUUCAACGGGAAGUGCAUCUGCGACCCGGGCUUCGAAGGCGAGGACUGCUCCAUCCUGUCCUGCCCCGACAACUGCAGCAACCGAGGCCAGUGCGUCAACGGAGAAUGCGUGUGCGACAUCGGCUACGAAGGCGAAGACUGCAGCGAGCUGUCCUGCCCCAACAGCUGCCAGAACCGCGGCCGCUGCGUCAACGGGCAGUGCGUCUGCGACAAAGGCUUCGCCGGCGAGGACUGCAGCAUCAAGACCUGCCCCAAAGACUGCAUGGGCCGCGGGGACUGCGUGGACGGCAAGUGCGUGUGCUUCGUGGGCUUCACGGGGAAAGACUGCGGCGAGCUGACCUGCCCCAACGACUGCCUGGAUCGCGGGCGCUGCGUGAACGGGCAGUGCGUCUGCCACAAAGGCUUCGCCGGCGAGGACUGCAGCGAGAAGACCUGCCCCAGCAACUGCCUGGACCGGGGCUACUGCGUGGACGGCAGCUGCGUGUGCUACGAGGGCUUCACCGGGUCGGACUGCUCCCUCCUGACCUGCCCGGGAGACUGCCAGAACCAGGGCCGCUGUGAGAACGGCCUGUGCAUCUGCGACGAGGGCUUCAUCGGAGAGGACUGCUCUGAAGUGUCUCCACCCAAAGACCUGAACGUGGUGGAGGUCACCCCGGAGUCGGUGGGCCUGUCCUGGGAGAACGAGAUGCGCGUGACGGAGUACCUCAUCACCUACGUGCCCACGAGACCCGGGGGCCUGGAGCUGGACAUGAGGGUGCCCGGGGACCAGAAGCUGGCCACCAUUCAGGAGCUGGAGCCGGGCAUCGAGUACCUGAUCAGCGUCUACGCUAUCCUGAGCAACAAGAGGAGCGUUCCCGUCACCGCACGGGUGGCCACACAUCUCCCGGAGCCCGAGGGACUGAAGUUCAAGUCGGUGCGGGAGACGUCGGUGGAGGUGCAGUGGGACCCCCUCAACAUCCCCUUCGACGGCUGGAACCUCAUCUUCAGAAACACCAAAGAGGAGGACGGUGAGAUUCUCAACUCCCUGGGCCGCCCAGAGACCACCUUUGAGCAGUCGGGCCUGGGUCCGGGCCAGGAGUACGAGGUCAAACUGUCGGUGGUGAAGAACAACAUGCGUGGACCGCCAGCCUCCACCAACGUCUUCACGAUGAUCGACUCGCCCAGCCAGGUGGACGUCCGCGACGUGACCGACACCACGGCGCUGGUCACCUGGUUCCAGCCCGUGGCCGACGUGGACGGGGUCAGCAUCUCGUACGGGCCGAGCUCCGACCCGGCUGACCGCACCGUGGUGGACAUGUCCUCCACCGACACCCAGUACCACCUGGGAGGCCUCAGCCCGGACACCCAGUACGAGGUGACCCUGACGGCCAGGAAGGCCGGCCGCAGCAGCGCCCCCGUCUACGAGUCCUUCGUCACAGACCUGGACGCUCCCACAGACCUGCAGACAGUGGAGCUGACGGACGAGAGCAUCACCCUGGAGUGGAGGAACAGCCGCGCCGAGGUGGACAACUACCGCAUCAAGUACGGGCCGCUGUCAGGAGGCGAGCACGGAGAGCUGCUGUUCCCGCCGGGACCCAAGGACUCCACGCAGGCCAAGAUCACCGGUCUGAGACCCGGCACGGAGUACGGCAUGGGAGUGACGGCGCUGAAGGACGAGCGGGAGAGUCUGCCCACCACCACCAACGCCGUGACCGCCCUGGACGCUCCCAGAGACCUGACCGUGACGGAGGUGACGGAGACCACCAUGACGCUGGAGUGGAAGCGUCCCCGGGCCAAGCUGGACUCCUACCGGCUGGUCUACGUCUCCGCCGACGGCCACAGGGCCGAGGACGUGGUCCCGGGCGGCGCCGAGUCCCACACCCUGAGGGGCCUGACGCCCGGCAUGCUGUACACCAUCAGCAUCUCGGCGGAGAGGGGCCGCAGGACCAGCGUGCCCGCCACCAUCUCCGCCCCCACAGAGGAGGAGAAACCCCUGGUGACCAACGUCACCAUCAGCGACGUGUCGUGGGACAGCUUCCUCUUGUCCUGGUCCUCGGACGACGGUGCGUUCGAGGCCUUUCUGGUCGAGGUGACCGACGCCGAGACGGGCGCCGAGUGGCAGAACCACACGGCGUCCGCCGACGCUCGCAGCCUCGCCAUCACCGGCCUCUCCCCCGCCACCUGGUACAGGGUCAACCUGUACGGGGUGUUCAGGGGAAUGCCCGUAGAGCCCGUCUUUGCAGACACCAUCACAGAGGCCGAGCCAGAGGUGCAGGAGCUCCUGGUUUCUGACGUCGGCCCGGACAGCUUUAGGCUGUCCUGGGAGGCAGAAGAAGACGUCUUUGACACGUUUGUGGUGAUGGUCAGCGAGGCCGAGGACCCCAGCCAGCCCAGAGAGCUGGUGCUGGGUGGCGAGGAGAGGAUCGCCGAGCUGACGGACCUUACCGAGGACACCCAGUACACAGUUGAAAUAUUCGGCCUGGUUUUGGGGAGACGCUCCAAGUCUUUGAUGGAGCGGGUGAGAACAGACAUGGGCUCCCCCAAAGGCAUCCGCUUCUCCGAUGUGACCGACACAUCCGCCACCGUCCACUGGGUGACCCCGAGAGCCCGAGUGGACAGCUACCGGGUCACCUACAUGCCAGCCCACGGAGGAAACGCCAAGACGCUGGCGGUGGACGGCUCGGACUCUCAGACUGUGCUGCCCAACCUGACACCUGGGGUCACCUACGAGGUCACCGUGGUGGCCAUCAAAGGCUCCAGGGAGAGCGAGCCGGGGUCGGACAGCGUCACCACAGCUCUGGAUAAACCUCGUGGUCUGACCGCGGUCAACAUCACGGACACUGAGGCUCUGCUGCUGUGGCAGCCGGCCAUCGCCACCGUGGACGGAUACGUCAUCACCUACAGUGCAGACACAGGGGCGUCGGUGAUGGAGCACGUGUCGGGCAACGUGGUGGAGUACGAGAUGAGCUCUCUGGCGCCUGCGACGCAUUACACGGUGAAGGUGUACGCCGUCAGGGAUCUGGCCAAGAGCGCCGCCACCACCACCGAGUUCACCACCGAUGUGGACGCUCCUCAACACCUGACGGCCAGCAACAUCCAGACAGAGAACGCCAUGCUGACCUGGAGGCGUCCUCGAGCCGACAUCACCGGAUACAUCCUCACCUACGAGUCCUCCAGCGGCCUGACCCGGGAGGUGGUGCUCAGCCCCACCGCCGUGUCGUACAACAUGGCUCAGCUCAGCGCCUCCACAGAGUACUCUGUGAGGCUGCAGGCGCUCGCCGGGCCCAAGAGGAGCCGGGUCAUCUCCACCGUCUUCACCACCACUGGCGUCCUCUACAGACACCCGAGGGACUGCUCUCAGGCCCUGCUGAACGGAGACACGUCCUCGGGCCUGUACACCAUCUACGUGAGCGGAGACGAGAGCCAGCCGCUGCAGGUCUACUGCGACAUGAGCACCGACGGAGGCGGAUGGAUUGUUUUCCUUCGACGCCAGAGCGGCCGACUGGAGUUUUUCCGAAACUGGAAGAAUUACACAGCCGGUUUUGGAGACAUGAACGACGAGUUCUGGCUGGGUCUGUCCAACCUGCAUAAGAUCACAGCCGGAGGUCAGUACGAGCUGCGAGUGGACCUGCGGGACAAAGGCGAGGCGGCCUACGCUCAGUAUGACAAGUUCUCCGUGUCUGAGCCUCGAACUCGCUACAAGGUGCACGUGGGAGGAUACAGCGGGACGGCAGGUGACUCGAUGACCUACCACCACGGCCGUCCGUUCUCCACGUACGACCACGACAACGACAUCGCUGUCACCAACUGCGCUCUGUCCUACAAGGGAGCGUUCUGGUACAAAAACUGCCACCGGGUCAACCUGAUGGGACGAUACGGGGACAACAGCCACAGCAAGGGAGUGAACUGGUUCCACUGGAAAGGACACGAACACUCCAUCGAGUUCGCUGAGAUGAAGAUCCGACCAUCCAACUUCAGAAACCUGGAGGGCAGGAGGAAACGGUCAUAAACUACAACGACGACAACAACAACAACAACAACAACAACAACACUGCUACAGCUCUGUCUCCACCUCCUCACCCACCAAAGCCACUGCCAGGAGCCCCGCUGCCUCCAGUCGACCCCCACCCACCCCUCCGCCGCCCCUCUGCCCCACCUCCGCCCGCCAGCAGUGUGUAAACUGACGUGUGCAUGUUACAAACUGGACUUAAAGCAAAGCCCACCAACAGACCCUGCUCACGCACCAAAGACAGCCGGCUGUGACCCCCACCUGCCCCACCUCACCCCACCCCACCGCCCGCCAACCCCCCUUCCCCUGCGUCGCAGCGCUCGUCUGGAGGCGUGAGCACGGCUCUCGGCCGUCGCCUCAUGAGGGCGCUCACGGUGUUGAUUGUCCGGAUCAUCAGAGGAACUCGGGAAAAAGGUUCAACAAGAUGAGAAAAUCCAAACAUCCAAAUCUCCACUUUUCCUUUGUGUUCAUGUGAAAUCCAAACACAGAUUUACAAUUCACUGCAGUUUAAUUUAAACAGAAUCAGUUAUAACCGUCCUGCAAGAUCCACCAGAAAACAACAAGAAAACUCUCAUUCACAUUAUAAACACUUCUGCUUCCAAGGCAGUUUUAAAAGGCUGAAGAGAAAUCCUGGCAUGCACAGAGAGAACAUGCAAACUCCACAAGGAAAACCUGGAAUCUGAUCUUGUCGCUGUGACUGUAGAAUGCAAACCACUGCACCACCAGGCCACCACUGGUUAUUUAAGAGGAAAAACACUCUCAAGCAUAGGACUGCAUGGUGGAGCAGUGGUUAGCUCUCGCCUCACAGUGAGAAUGUCUCUGGUUCAAGUCCACAUUUGGAGUCACUUGCUGUAAAGUUUGCAUGUUCUCCCUGUGUGUGUGAGUUUUUUCCCACAGUCUAAAAGCAUGUGUCUGAGCUGCAUCAAAGAUAAAUGAACAUAACCACAAACUGGAGAUUCUACGAGUGUUUUCAGCGGUUGGUGUCAUACGAGCCUUCGGGCCUUGGACGCUGGAGACCACUCAGCUCCGGAGUCUCCCGCUAACUCGCCUCUUCCUCCGUCUUUGUGUGACUUAACUCGUCUCUGUGUCACUUUAUCCCCCCUCACCUCACCCCACCGUCCCAGGAUUUAAAGAUGGAAGUGUCUCCCCCUUCGUGUCCGGGCGGACGGGCCACAUUUCCCACCGUCCCCCGAGCCCCUGAAGGCAUCAUGGUGUGUUUUUGAAAAGAAAAGAUUUGUUUCUCUAAUGAAUCCGAGGCAGGACCUAUUAUUCAGUAUAUUAAUGACAUGCGGUGAAUUUCUUUUCUUUUUUAAUUUUUCUGUUCCUUUUUUUAUUUUGUUUUUUGUUUUUUUUUUGCAAAAUGUGAAUACAGUACAUAUAAGUGGAACAAGAGAAUGUUAUUGUGAUGCUCGAAACUUUUGAAAAAAGGCCAACUCCAGUGGAAUUCCAGUUGUCAUAGUAAGGUGUUGAUGAAAAUAGUGUUCGGACAGGCCAAAACUAGAGAACUAGUUACUGUUUCUACCCCCCCCCCCCCCCCCCCCCCAAAAAAAAAAAAAAAAGAAAGGAAAAAAAAAA